AUGGCGGAUGACGCCGGUGCUGCGGGAGGGCCCGGAGGCCCCGGAGGCCCCGGGGGCCCCGGAUUAGGAGGUCGAGGCGGCUUCCGUGGAGGAUUUGGCAGCGGCAUCCGGCCCAUCAAGGAGUCGGAGAUCAUUGACUUUUUCUUGGGGACAUCCCUCAAGGACGAAGUCUUGAAGAUCAUGCCUGUGCAGAAGCAGACACGUGCUGGCCAGAGGACCCGGUUCAAGGCAUUUGUCGCCAUUGGGGACUACAAUGGACAUGUCGGUCUGGGUGUGAAGUGCUCAAAGGAAGUAGCCACUGCCAUCCGUGGAGCCAUCAUCCUGGCCAAGCUCUCUAUUGUGCCCGUGCGGCGAGGCUACUGGGGAAACAAGAUCGGCAAGCCCCACACCGUACCUUGCAAGGUGACUGGCCGCUGUGGCUCUGUACUGGUGCGCCUCAUCCCUGCCCCCAGGGGUACGGGCAUUGUCUCGGCCCCUGUGCCCAAGAAGUUGCUGAUGAUGGCUGGUAUUGACGACUGCUACACUUCGGCCAGGGGCUGCACUGCCACCCUGGGCAACUUCGCCAAGGCCACCUUUGAUGCCAUCUCUAAGACCUACAGCUAUCUCACCCCAGAUCUCUGGAAAGAGACUGUGUUCACCAAGUCUCCCUAUCAGGAAUUCACUGACCAUCUUGUCAAGACCCACACCAGAGUUUCUGUGCAGAGGACCCAGGCUCCCGCUGUGGCCACCACAUAAUUUUAUACAAGAAAAAUAAAGUGAAUUAAGCCUGCUAAAAAAAAAAAA